AAUGACCUCACAGGGUCAGACCGUUUCUGAAAUAGGGAAUUCUGUAUUGAAACAGGUUUGUGAAAAUGGGGCAAUAUCUGAAACAUUCCAUGUGAACAAUCGUGCCGAGGACGAGUGGGACAAGGUGCAGACCAUUGAAGCAGGGUUUGUGGAUGAGAAUGAUACCAAAAAGAAAGAGAGUGUCGUGACCAAUGCCCCAAUGCUGUCUUUCUUUGAGAUGUCGGAACACUUUGUCUCCGAGGAUUUCUCAGGAGUAAAGGACAAAAUUCGGACAACAGUAGAACGUCAUGGUUUUUCUGCACUGAAAUACUUCCUCUUUGGACCACCAAAACUACAUAAAAAUCUACAUGAGGAAAGAGAUAGGAUAUUUUGUAUAGCUGCAUCGGUGCUGGAGAAUUCUAACCAGAUCCAUGUCAGGUCUCUACAGACAAUUUAUCGCAGUCUUACAGGGUCAAGGUUCGACUGUCCUCGCUUUGGAAACCACUGGGAGGAAAUAGGAUUUCAGGGCAGGGAUCCAUCAACAGAUCUGAGAGGUGUAGGAUUAUUGGGACUGUUACAUUUGAUUUACCUGUUGCGUGAUGCCAAGCGACAAGUGCUGGCCAGUGAAAUUUACAAGCUUUCUCUUCACCCCACUCAGAACUUCCCAUUCUGUGUAAUGUCCAUUAAUCUGUCCAGAAUCGCCCUCCAGGCUCUCAGAGAAGGCUGUCUCAACAAAGAGUGCAAUAAACAGAAGGAGGUCCUUCCUGUGGUAUGUGAUUUUUACACUGGUCUAUAUCUCCAGAUGUACCAGGUGUGGAAAUCCCAGGGAAAAACCAUCUCUGACUCGGGCUUUGUUUUGCAGCAUAUUGAAAAUCAUGCGAAGAGGAAUCCCCAUGCAGUAAUGAAAAACCUAGAGGAGUACCUAGCUAAGAAGAAAUCGGCAGCCAACCUUGAUAACGUGAAUCUUGGAGAGGAGCAGUUCAUGAGUGUUGUUGAUUCUGAAACAGCAGGACACUAUUAAAAAUUUAACAAGUUUUUUAAUUAAAGAAUCAUCUAAUUACAGGGUUUUUAACAUCUUGGCAAAUUAAAAGUCCUAUAAAAAUGUUUUUGUAAUU